AUGUCUCGACUAGGACAGCUGGCGCUCUUGGCUCUUGCGCUCAGCGCCGCCGGCGCUUACGCGGCCGUCAGGAACCUCGCCAUCCCUUCGAGGCCGCGGCUCAGCGGAAGGAUAAUCGGCGGGGCGUCCGCCAACAUCACGCAGUUCCCCUGGCAGCUCUACUUUAUCACAGGCGGCAGCAGCGACUGCGGGGCGUCCAUCGUGAGCAGCAUCUAUGCGCUGACCUCUGCGCGCUGCGUCGUGGAGGGCGAUAUCUACAGCAUGCAGGUCCGGGCCGGCAGUUCGAGCCGGGGCAGCGGCGGCUCGUUGUACACGGUCGUGGUCAAAUUCUGGCACGCUAGCUUCGACGGCUUCGACAACGACAUCGGCGGGCUGCGCGUCUCCGAGCCCUUCGUCUUCGGCCCUGACGUGCAAGCCAUACCCGUCACCUGGAACGAGACGGCAGUAGGGAGCUCCGCCACGGUCGCCGGUUGGGGCGCCUCCUCGUCCGACGGCAGUCUCCCCUCUGAGCUCCAGGCAGUCACCGUCGAAAUCAUAGACACCGCCGCAUGCAAUGCCACCUACGGGAACCUCACCAUCAACAUGAUCUGCGCCGGAGUGAGUGAAGGCGGCAAGGACUUUUGUGCGGGCGACGAGGGCAGUGCCCUAGUGUCCGGUUCGGAGCAGGUGGGAAUCGUCUCCUGGAACAGUGGAUGUGGACUACCCGGCUAUCCUGGCGUCUAUACCUAUGUUGUACCCUUGCGCAACUGGAUUUAUGGGAUUCUUGGUGGAGUCUAAUGCACCUGUUUAGUGUAUCAUCUCGCUGCUAGUGUACAGAAUAUAAUCUCUCUCUCUCUCUCUCUCUCUCUCUCCCUCUC